GGCGGGGCGGCCACGCCCGGUGCGGUCUGGGUCUCCGCCGAUCGCCGGGCCUCCCGCCUCCCGCCAGAGCCCCGGAGGCCCGGAGCGCGGCGGCGCGUGGACGCGGCGGCCCGGAAGGGACCAGAAGCGCUUCCGUCUCCGCCGGGGCUGCACGGAGGGCGGAGCUGCGGCCCGAGGACGCGACGCGAGUCCAGUUCCGGCGAGGAGGCCGCGCCAGUGACAGCGAUGGCGGCGGAGUCGGCGCUCCAAGUUGUGGAGAAGCUGCAGGCGCGCCUGGCGGCCAGCACGGACCCGAAGAAGCUAUUGAAAUACCUGAAGAAACUUUCUGCAUUACCCAUUACAGUAGAUAUUCUUGCGGAGACUGGGGUUGGGAAGACAGUAAAUAGCUUGAGAAAACAUGAGCAUGUUGGAAGCUUUGCCAGGGACCUAGUGGCCCAGUGGAAGAAGUUGGUUCCUGUGGAACGAAACACUGAGCCUGAUGAACAGGACUUUGAGAAGAGCAGUUCCCGAAAGCGCCCCAGGGAUGCUCUUCAGAAAGAAGAGGAGAUGGAGGGGGACUACCAAGAAAACUGGAAGACUUCCGCUAGCCAAUCAUAUAGUCCCGAUCAUAGACAGAAAAAACAUAGAAAACUCACAGAGCUUGAGAGAACUCAUAAAGUAUCUCAUAGUCAUGAGAGGAGAGACGAGAAAAAGAGGUGCCAUAGAAUUUCACCAGUUUAUUCUUCAGACCAUGAGUCUUCUGAUUACGGCCAUGUUCAGUCUCCUUUGUCAUCCACCAGUCCUCAUCAGAUAUCUGUCGACCAUUAUAGAUCCCCAGAGGAGGAUCCUGAGCCCUUUGUUCCACAGCAGAAGGCUGGAGGUCACAGUAAUGCCUUUCAGGACAGACUGGGACUCAGUCAGGACCGACACCUGGGUGAAUUUCAAGGGAAAGGGACAAUGAGUCAGAACAAAGAGCACAAAUCUUCCCACAAGGAUAAACACCUUGCGGAUGCCAGAGGCGAUGAGAAAUCCUCUUUGAGCAGAGAGAAAUCACACAAGGUCCUUUCCAAAGAGGAAAACUUAAGGCCACUCUCAAGGGAUAGCACAAAGGAUAAACUGCCUUCUAGUGGUAUAAGGAAAGAAAAGGAAAAAGAGGGCAGCACCAAGAAGUUUUUACCCCCUUUGGAGGGUGCUUCAGAUAACCACCUUAAAAAACCAAAGCACAAAGACUCAGAGAAAGCCAAAUCGGAUAAAACUAAGAAAAGUCUAAACAGCUUAGACAUAGGAAAGGGGGCAGCAGACCUGCUGCCCAAGGUAAAAGAUAAGAUUUCUAACAAUGUAAAGACUCAAGAAGGGAAAGUAAAGUCUCAUUCAGACAGAAAAGCAGGUGCUCUCCCUAAAGUUGAGGAGACAGAUAUGGAUGAUGAGUUUGAACAGCCCACUAUGUCUUUUGAGUCGUACCUCAGCUAUGACCAGCCCCGGAAGAAAAAGAAAAAGAUAGUGAAAACUUCAGCCUCAGCCCUUGGACAAAAGGGACUUAAAAAAAAUGAUUCAAAAAGCACCAGUAAAAAUUUGGAUUCUGUUCAGAAAUUACCUAAGGUGAACGAAAAUAAGUCAGAGAAACAGCCAUCUGGAGCCAGCUCAGCCAAGCUGAAAAAGGUCCCCACUGAGGUAUUGCCAGCAUUGCCAGACCUCCCAUUACCAGUGAUACAGACCAAUUAUCGUCCACUUCCUUCCCUUGAAUUGAUGUCCUCCUUGCAACCAAAGCGAAAAGCACUGUCUUCACCCCAUGACGAGGAAGAAGCUGGAUUCACUGGGCGCAGAAUGAAUUCUAAGAUGCAAGUGUAUUCUGGUUCCAAGUGUGCCUAUCUCCCAAAAAUGAUGUCUUUGCACCAGCAGUGCAUCCGUGUACUUAAAAACAAUAUUGACUCAAUCUAUGAAGUAGGAGGUGUCCCAUAUUCUGUUCUUGAACCUGUCUUGGAGAGAUGUACACCUGAUCAACUAUAUCGAAUAGAAGAAUAUAAUCAUGUACUAAUUGAAGAGACAGAUCAGUUAUGGAAAAUUCAUUGUCACCGAGACUUUAAGGAGGAAAGACCAGAAGAGUAUGAGUCAUGGCGAGAGAUGUACUUGAGGCUUCAAGAUGCUCGGGAGCAGAGGCUACAGUUACUAACAAAAAAUAUCCAACAUGCACAUGCCAACAAGCCUAAAGGUCGACGGGCAAAAAUGGCUUUUGUCAACUCAGUGGCUAAGCCACCUCGUGAUGUUCGAAGGAGGCAGGAGAAGUUUGGAACAGGAGGAGCAGCAGUACCUGACAGAGUCAAGAUUAAGCCUGCUCCAUACUCCACAGGAAGCAGCCAUGCCCCCUCCAGCUAUGGCAGCAGCAACAGCUUUAAUACUAGCCUUGAGGAGCCAGCCUAUGACGGCCCGAGCACCAGCAGUGCCCACUUGGCGCCUAUUGUGAGCAGUGCUGUUUCCUAUGAUCCUAGAAAACCAACUGUGAAAAAAAUUGCUCCAAUGAUGGCCAAGACAAUUAAAGCUUUCAAGAACAGAUUCUCCCGACGAUGAACUGAGGACUUGCCUAGGAGGUGGAAUUAGGGGUGGGAGAGGAAUAUAAAGACAAUGGCAGUUGGGGUUGGAACUUCUAAAAGGAAACCAGAAUCUUUUGCUUUGUGGAACUUUUUGAUCUCUGAAUCUUGCACAGUUUGCAGUUUUUCACCUAUAAACCUGUGCACCACAGCCACUGCCUCCCUGCCUGGAGAAUAUACUUCAGAAUUCUGAAGAUGUGAAGACUCAGUCUUACUGAGGAUUUUAAGGUCAAUUAUACUUUUGUUAAUUAGUUUCUUUGUAAACUGAAAGACAUAGUUUUAAUUAAUAAAUAUUGCCCCCAGAUUGUA